CAGGCAUUUGCCGAUGUUGGUGCCUCCAGCAGCGGGAGAGACGAAGUAGUUUCUAGCCUUUUCUUCUAGCACUUUAAAUCUCCGGCUUUACUCGUGGGCUGUCGUAUUAUUCCGCGACAUUGUAGUGGACUCUGUCUGUAUAAACCUCACUUUUAAUAAUGCCUCGUGGUGGGAAAAAGGGCCACAAGGGCCGAGGUAAGCAGUUCAGCAACCCUGAGGAGAUUGAUCGACAGAUGAGAGCCCAGAAAGAGCUGGAGGAAAAUCCUGGUGCAGAGAAAGAAAGCUCUGCAGAGUCAGAUGAGGAGAGCAGCAGUGAGGAGGAGUCUGACUCCAGGAAGAGGAGUGGAGUGGAGGGGCUCAUAGAAAUUGAGAAUCCCAAUCGUGUGUCACAGAAGAGCAAGAAGGUAGCUGAAUUAGAUGUCAGUGCUCCCAGAGAGCUGUCUCGCAGAGAGAGAGAGGAAAUAGAGAAGCAGAAAUCAAAGGAACGCUACAUGAAGCUUCACCUUGAGGGUAAAACUGAGCAGGCCAGAGCCGACCUGGCCAGACUGGCCAUCAUCAAGAAACAGAGGGAGGAAGCUGCUAAGAAGAGAGAUGAACUCAGGAAAGAAAAAGAAGCUGAAGAAGCCAAAGCAAAGCGCUAGUCGUCCAGCUCAAAGCUUCCACAUGCACUUCAGUCUUCGAGGGAUGGAGGGAGAAGGAGAUCUGGAGGAGAACGGGGAGGGGACCAACAUGAGUGGUGUCAGAUCAGGGCUGCUCCUGAACCCCUGUCCCUCAUUUCAAAUCAGGGGCUGUGGAUCUUCCACAACUGUGUGGUGAGGACAGGGAAAACGGGUGGAGCAAAGCAAGGUGAAGAGGAAUGCAACAUUUGGGAUGCCUCAGGUCUUCUUUAAAAUUCCUUGAAGGUUCAAGAGGAGACAAUCACAGGUUUUCCAAGUGCUUCACAGCCUCUUUAUUUUUCCCCACCAACCAGGGUUUUAAUUCUAAAGCUGCUGAAAUUAUUUCCAUUCCUUCUGAUUUAUACAUUUUUACAAGGUUACCUUAUACAAAUUUUACUGGACAGUUAUUACAUUGAGCAUGCGCGAUUUUUUUGGUGCUUUUUACUCAUUUGUUUUGUAAGAAGUCAAAGAACAUUAUUCAACUGAUAUAUAGAAAGUAUUCACUAUCUUCCUCUGUAUUUAAGUUCAUCAUGCUGCACCACAGCUAUUGAAUUCACUGACAGUUGGGUGAAUAUGUUGUAUAAGAUCUUUCCCCUUUCUCCCCCCAAAAUCUGAGCAAAACCGGUUGUCAGUUCAAAAGUGUCUCAAGAUGUAUUCUGUAAUCUCUGGCUUGCAUUCUAAGGUUGUUGAACAUCAGUGCUGGAAAGCGCAGUCUCAAACCGCCUCACUAACUGUGCUUGUGCCCUGUUUCCGAUGAGAUCUGUAGGUCUCUGGGAGAGAUUGUGUCUUCUGUUGCCUUUUUUAGAGUUUGCACAAGACCAACUCACUGUCUUUCUCCUGUGAUUAUAGUGCUACAAACAACCUACACAGGGUUAGUUUAUUAGGUACACUUACAAUCCACAGUAAGACACCGCUAUGCAUCAGCAACACUAACAACAGUCUCUAAAUUUUCAGAUAGCUCAACUCCUUGCUUGCAGUAUAAACAAAAACUAAACAAUAUCAAUUUGACCAAGAUAGGACUCGCAUUGGUAAUGUUAAGACUUCACAGGUGUACAUAAUAAACUAGUAAGUCAGUAUGCGGAGGAUUUGGAAUUGCCUUGACCAGAAAAACAAUAUUCCCUAUAAAAUGGAAGCAGUUCACUUAACAAACUGUUGGAUCCACAAAGUAUAAGAAAUGUAGUUAAAUUUUCCAUCAUGUAUUUGAAGUAAUUUUAAAAAAUAAAAUCAUCAAUAAAUA